AUGCCGCCCCCACCUGCGCAAAGGCCUACUCUAACCUAUAGACGGCUCAAUUCAACAAGAAAGGAGAUACGCUUGCUUGAGCUACAACCAGCACAGAAGAUCGAGGAUCAAGUAGUUUGCCGCCUCAUCACCGUGCCGCUCACAGAAGAUUUGGAAUUCAUUGGACUAUCCUCGCUAUACGGAGAUCCCAGCGAGACCGAGAAGGUCGUCGUUAAUGGCAUUCCCCUUGCCAUCCCAGAGAACCUUGCGCAGGCUUUGCGCCAUGUGCGCCAGGUGUUCUACCCCACGGCCGUAAAACCGCGUCAAAGGGCUCAAUCCAAGGAUGUAAAAGCGCCAAGGUGGUUGCAGCACUUGUUGAAUCAUGUUGGCAACGUUAUUCCAGACCAAGACCUGGAGCGUAAGAUACCGCUGCGCAUAUGGCUCGAUGUGCUCUGUAUCAACCAAAGCGACGACAAGGAGAAAGGGAACCAAGUGACCAGCCUUGCUCAGAUCUAUGGCGCAGCCAGGAUGGUAGUAGGAUGGCUCGGGUUAAAGAGCGACACCACCGAUGCCGGCGCCGAAGUAUUGAGGCAAAUUGACGAGGCCAUGCCGCCAACUUGGGGAGACCCAGGAGACGAGGCACGCAACCCACAAAACUAUUCGCCGCACCACGAAUGGAUGACGAAGAUUCAGCACCUGUGGGAACCCGUCGCAUACGGGCUUUCACCAUUGAAGAACGAUCAUUGGGUCGGUGUGGCUGAUUUCCAGAACCGCCCUUACUUCCACCGCGUCUGGAUUUUGCGAGAAAUAAUGAUGGCCCGAUACCCUGCCUUUAUGGUUGGCGACGCAAUAGUCUCAUGGGAACAGGUCCUGCGACUCAAUCGGUUUUUGGAAGAGGUGAAGGAGCGUGCGUCGUACGUGUGGCCCGCCAAAUUGAAGACGGGUAUCUAUGAGUGGCCGCUGGAUACUAUUCACAUGCUACUGGAUGAGUUUAACAAGAAGCGGAGACAGGAGAGACCCCACGGUCCGGGACAUUGUUAA